AUGGGCCCGCGACGCCAACACCACUGGCAGGGCCCGCUCCUGGUAUUCUUGGGGUUUUGCGCGCUCUACUUUUGGUGGGCUUCCGAGCAAGAACACGCGUCUGCCAGCGUACUGCGCAAGGAGUUGGCUGAAAUCAAGGCCGAGAGCCAGCGCCAACAGAGGCUGCUGCGCGAUGAACUUCAAGUCCACGAGGAAAAGCAGGCCAUUGCCAUUCAACGCCAGCUCACGACCAUGAGCAAAGAACAGAUUCUCAAAAAGCUAGAAGGCAACCCCAUGCAGGCGCAUCUGUCCGAGACUGAAAAGAAGCUGCGCCAUGCUCUACAAGUGGAUACCAACUCGGGCUAUAUCCGAGCCACCCAAUCUGGCUUGUGUCUGGAGGAUCGCCAGCAGAAAACAGUCAUUACUUAUUAUUGCUCAGCUGAGGCUCGGUACUUGUGGUCUUAUGUGCAAGGCAAGAUCACUUCCCCGAGUGACAUGUGCAUCACGGCCUCGGCCAUCAAGGCCGAUGCCGAGGUCAUUUUGAGGCCCUGUAAUGACAAUGCAGACCUACAGACGUGGGACAUUCAAGCUGAAGAUCGAUUUUAUUGGAAUGUUAGCUCUCAGAUUGUCCUCAAGUCCAGCCAAUCAAGCAAAUCAACGCAGCCUCUAUGCAUCACCGCCCACAGGGGUCCCAAGGAGCUAGAUGGGUCAACCCUGCAGCUUCAACCCUGCGAGCGCAGCUGUCACCAGUUUUGGCAUGUCAACGCUUAUAGUGUACCCUUUCAACAAGUGGCCACGAGCAAGUCAAGCCCCACCGUUCAGCAGCAGCAGCGUGCUGCAGGUACCAGCCUUAGUGCCACGGAUGAAUCCCAUCGUCACAAGCUCUUUUGCAUGGUCAUGGUCACGCCAAGCGAUCUCUACACCUCUGGCAAAGCGAUCAUGGAUACAUGGGGGAGCCGGUGUGACACACUCGUGUUUGUCAACAGUGAAUCCCAUCCAUCAUUUCCAACCUGGAAGAUUGAUUUGCCCGGGCCCGAGUCCCGCGAGCUCAUGUGGUUCAAGUCGCGUCAUGCCUGGCUACGGGCUUAUAACACGCAGCUCAAGUCCCACCACUGGUUUCUCCGAGCAGAACGCGACACUUAUGUGCUAGUGGACAACCUGCGAGAAAAACUGGCCGAUCAAGAUCCCGAGGCUCCGAUUUCCAUGGGACGUCUUUUUCAUGGCCGCUAUCAGGGUGAAAAUAUGACGUAUUUUUCGAGUGGAGCGGGCAUGGUGCUGUCGCGCGGCGCGCUCUCGGCGAUUGGCCAAGCAGCCAUGCAUAAUUCGUCCCAUAUUUUUGUGCCCGACAUUGGUAGCCAAUCUGACGACAUUAGCAUGGGUGUGGCCAUGUUGCGUACCGGCAUUCCAGCACAACUCACGGUGGACGAGCACGGUGGACAGUACUUUUCAGCCUUGGGUGUCGCUGUGGAGCGAACCGUCAAGAGGAGUACCAGCCAAGGUUACUGGUACUGGGAAGUCACACCCGAGACCAAGGACGGCCCUGCUUGUUGUGCCCGCCGCUGGAUCGGCAGCCAUUAUGCCAAGCCAAGCGACAUGUAUGCCUUUGAUGACCUCCAUGCUUUGGGCUGUGAGGGUGUUUGA